AUCUUUGCAGCGCAGACUGAGAGCCUAGCUAGACUAGCCUGCCAGGUCUACCAAACAUGUCUGGGAAAAAAGUGUUUGUUGUUGGUGUUGGAAUGACAAAGUUUGAGCGUCCCCACCAGCGUAAAUGGGAUUAUCCUGAAAUGGGGGAGCUUGCUGCCACUGACGCUCUCAAGGACGCAGGAAUACCAUAUGAUAAAGUGGAAGCAGUCGUUGCUAGCUAUUGCUAUGGCGAUCCAACUUGUGGUCAAAAGGCGGUGUAUGGUCUCGGUCUGACUGGAGUGCCAGUGUUCAAUGUGAAUAAUAACUGCUCGUCAGGUUCCACUGCUCUAAUGAUGGCUCGUAUUCUCAUUCAGGCAGGGCACGGCUGCACUCUCGCUGUAGGGUUUGAGAAGAUGAAUAGUGGUCUCUCUGAGAACUUCCCAGAUCGUGUGUCUCCCCUCCAGCAACAUGUGGAAGGGCUCAAAAUUCUUGGAGUGGAGCCAGGCCCUCUCAACCCUCACGUCAACGCUGUCACCUCCGAUGUCGUCAAAAUGUUUGCCUAUGCUGCAAAGGACCAUUGCCAUAAAUAUGGUACCAAGCAAGAACAUUUCGCUAAGAUUGCCAGCAAAAAUAGGACCCAGGGAACCCAAAAUCCCAGGGCAGCCACCCAGAAAUCCAUUACUCCGGAGGAAGUGCUCUCUAAGCGGAUCGUCUGUGGUCCUAUCACCAUAGCGAUGACCGCCCCAACUGGGGAUGGAGGAGCAGCUGCUGUCUUGUGCAGCGAAGAGUUUGUCAGGAAGCACCACUUAGAGGACAAGGCUGUGGAGAUACUAGCGCAGCAUAUGUGUACGGACCUGCCUGACUCAUUUGGUCAGUCCUUCCUCGGAUUGUGUGGCUACUCCAUGAGCAAGAGAGCAGCGGAGCAGUGUUACCGUGACGCCCACAUGUCUGCCAGUGACGUUGACUUGUUUGAAGUACACGACUGCUUUGCUCCAAAUGAGCUGUUCCAGUAUGAGGCACUUGGGCUGUGUCCUGAGGGCAAAGGUGGAGAUUUGGUUGAUUCUGGACAUUGGAUACACAACAGAAAUGGCGGCAGGCUGUACAAACUUGGGCAGAGGUGGGUGGUCAAUGCUAGUGGUGGACUGGAGUCGAAAGGUCAUCCCAUUGGAGCUACAGGCCUUGGUCAAUGUGCUGAGAUCUGUUGGCAGUUACGUGGACUUGCCGAGAAGCGACAAGUAGAUGGAGCCAGAGUGGGAAUGCAACAAAACUUUGGCAUCGGAGGGGCAGCUGUGGUCACAAUCUACAAGAAACCAGAGUGGCACAGAGCUAAACUAUAAACAUGCAGUAUAGGAUCCCACUCUCAUGUCAUUCAUGAGACCAUUUGUUUUUUUACACAAUGCAUCUAGUGUUGUAAAAUUGCCUGAAACUUUUAGCUAUACGCAUCGAUCGUUGCACUGUUGGUUGUGAAUUGUUUUGAAAGAACAAGUUAUUAGAAGAGUACAAAAAGAA